AUGAUGACUUCGGCGGGCAGUGAACGUAUUCGGGGCACUCGGGACAAAAUGCAUAUUUCAACCACACAGCCAACACAACCACAGAAACAAGUACUACAGGCAACAGCAGAGCAGAUUCGCCUUGCUCAGAUGAUCUACGAUAAGAAUGACGCAGAUUUUGAAGAUAAAGUGAAACAACUUAUGGAAGUGACGGGGAAAAACCAGGAUGAGUGCAUAGUGGCACUACAUGAUUGUAAUGGGGAUGUGAACAGAGCAAUCAACAUACUGCUGGAAGGAAGUUCAGACACGACUUCUUGGGAGACUGUAGGGGGAAAGAAGAAAAGCCUUGGAAAGGAAAGUUCAGAAAACAAAGGGGACAGAGAAGUGAGUCGUGGACGUGGAAGUUCCAACAGACGAGGAAGAGGAGGCAGCCGUGGCCGAGAGUUUAAAGUCGAAGAGAAUGGAGUGGACAACAAUCAAGGAGACAAGCCUUCAGACCGUGGGAAACGUGGACGUGGGAGAGGGUUUGGACGCGGCAGAGGGAGAGGAGCGGGGAGGUUUUCAGCCCAAGGCAUGGGGACAUUUAACCCUGCAGACUAUAUGGAGUCUUCUGCCACUGAUGGCUUUGGGACAAAAUCAGAGAUUUGGGAGACUGGUCAGAAUGAUGCAGAUGAUGGAACUGGCCCACAGAGCAGAUGUUAACUUGCUCAGGACCUGCCAAAAAGUUUUGGAUUCCAAGGAGCAUGGAAAAACUCAAUAGAAGAAUGGACAGCAGAAGACUGGAAUGAAGAUCUUUCUGAAACAAAAGUCUUCAUUGCUUCCUCUGUUCCAGCUGAGAAUCGUGUGACUCCUGGGCAAAGCAUUGAUUUGGUAACACUGCUUCAAAAGCCUGUGACUUCUACCCAAGAGACAGAAGGUAACUCAUUUGAGGCUCCUCAGCAGCAGACCUUUGGCCAAGCCCUAGUCUUCACAAAUUCUCAGCACAGCACCCAGAUGGCAUCAGGAACUGGCAGCUCCAGUGCUGCAAGCUCUUAUUCUCCUCAAAGUCUGUCUGCGGCUCUUUGUUCUGGCUUUGGAGAACUUGGAUCCUCUAAAUUGGAAAACUCUACUGGAUCCCAAAUCUUGGACCAAUUGAAAUCUCCAGGUUUGGGUCAGUUUACUUCUCAACAAAACAAUAGUAGCUCUACCACCACUACCACAACUACUACAUCAUCCUGGGAUCUAAAUCUGCCCAUUGCUCAGUCCUCAGUCCUUAGUCAGUUUGACUUUAAAUCCCAGCCUGAGCCAUCCCCAGUUCUGAGCCAGCUGACCCAGCGACAGCAACGACAAACACAGGCAGUCCCUGUUCCUCCUCCUGGGCUGGAGUCUUUCUCCUCCCAGGUAAAACUCCACGAGCCAUCACCAGUUGACACCUCUACAGCUGUUACCAAAAUGUUACAGCUCCCCACUAUAUCUGUGGAUAACCAGACAGCAACUGCCCAUCAAACCCAGCAGAAACAGAUAAAACCACCAAAACGGAGGAUAACUCCAGCAUCCAAGAUUCCUGCCUCUGCAGUGGAGAUGCCUGGAUCAGCAGAUAUGACAGGGUUAAAUGUUCAAUUUGGAGCUCUGGAGUUUGGAUCAGAGCCUGCACUCCCAGAGUUUGGAUCAACUUCAAGCAGUGAGAAUACCAGCCAGGCAACCAACAAUAGCUUGUACUCAAAAUCUGUAAAUGAUCCUUUGAAUACCUCUUUGCCAAUAUCCAAUAAGGUACAGGAGUCCACCUACACAACCUCUGCCAUCACCUCUUCAAGUCUGACCUGCUCAUCCCAGAGCACUAGCCCAGUAAAAACUUCCUCCUAUGAUCAGACUUCUGUACAUAGCGGGAUAGCAUACCAAAGCUCCAUGGCUCCGUCUGAGUCAACCCUUGUUGCAGUUAUGAACGGGCACAGCAGCGUUAGAACACAGGCAACUCUUGACACUACUUCAUCAGUUCCAGCGCCUAAGACAGAGCCUUCUCCUUCACUACCUUCUGCUGGUUCUCUGCCUAGCAUGGUAUCCACCACAGCUUCACUUCUGCCUUCAGCAUCACAGCACCCAGCAACGUUGCCCAGCUUGCCUCAGUCCAGUGAUUUGGCCAGCAGCUCACUUUCUCAGUUAAGCAGCUCCCUUUCCAAUCAUCAGGGCAGCCUCUCCCCUGCCUCAGUGUUGUCUUCAAGCACAUCACAUGCACACACUAGUGUUGAGAACACAACUUCACUCCAGCCCUCAACAACCUUUUCAACCGUUUCAACCUCAGCCACUAACACCACCUCUUCUGUUGUCAGCAUGACAAGCAGUAUGAACACUACAAACAGCCUUGGCCUGAGCGUUACCAGUGUGUCUAUACCAGCUGCUACCACACGGGCAGCUCCUUUAGUGUCUUCAGGGAAGGCUCCCCCAAACCUGCCCCAAGGUGUACCUCCCCUGUUGCAUAACCAGUAUAUUGUGGGACCUGGAGGACUUCUGCCUGCCUACCCAAUAUAUGGUUAUGAUGAUCUCCAGAUGCUUCAAUCCAGGCUGCCAAUGGAUUACUAUGGAAUUACAUUCCCUGCUCCUGCAACCUUGACAGGCAGAGAUGGGAGCCUUGCUAACAACCUGUACUCAGGUGAUGUAACAAAAUUUGGCCGUGGAGAUUCUGCCUCUCCUGCUCCUGCUACCACACUCACCCAGCCACAGCAGAACCAGACACAGACUCAUCAUACAACUCAGCAGCCCUUCCUCAACCCAACUCUGCCCCCAGGAUACAGCUACACUGGGUUACCUUAUUAUGCUGGUGUGCCCGGUGUACCCAGUGCAUUCCAGUAUGGGCCAACCAUGUUUGUACCUCCAGCAUCUGCUAAACAGCAUGGAGUCAACCUGAACACAGUGUCGACUCCUUUCCAGCAAGCAAGCAGCUAUGGGCAGCACAGCUAUGGAGCAGGCUAUGAUGACUUAACGCAGGGGACAGCAGCUGGAGAUUACAGCAAAGGAGGCUACAGUGGGUCAUCUCAAGCACAAAACAAAUCUGCUAGCACUGGACCUGGGAAAGGAGUUUCUGUGACCUCAAGUAACACAGGUGUACCUGAUAUCAGUGGCUCAGUCUAUAACAAGACUCAGACAUUUGACAAGCAGGGAUUCCAUCCUGGUACACCACCUCCUUUCAGCCUGCCCUCUGCUCUUGGAUCGACUGGGCCCCUGAACCCUGGUGCUGCCCCAGGUUAUGCUCCAGCCCCAUUUCUCCAUAUCCUGCCUGCGCAUCAGCAGCCUCAUUCCCAGAUGCUACAUCACCAUCUUCAGCAAGAUGGACAGGGUGGAUCUGGCCAACGCAACCAACCCAGCACCAUGCAGCAAAAGUCUCAGACUACCAAAACCACCUAUGGCACUUCUCCAUACUGGACAAACUAA